AUGUUAAGAUAUUAAUCUGAGGAAAGCGAAGCUAAAUUUAAGUCUCUUUAAUUACCAUCAAUUAAGUCAAGUCAUACAGUGAUUGGAGCAUCUGAACUGGAAUAAAUUAAAUCUCAUAUUGGUAUUGGUGAACAAAAAUCGAAGAAAACUCUUGACAACAAUCAAAGAGUUUGGGCCUAGAGGAUUGAGAAAUAGAGGUCAUAGAAGGAGAAGGAGAAGUUCGAUAAAUUUUAGAUUGAGGAGGAAGAGAGAAGGAAGAUGGAUAAGGUUGAAACUGAGUAUCAGGAGAAAUUAAAGUAGGAUUAAGUUGUUGAUGCAAAUAACAAGAUAUUUAGUCAAAGGGGAGAUGUACGCAAUAUGAAGUCAAAAAUGCUAAUGAGUGAGAAUGAGAAAAUUAAUGAUGCUCUUGUUCGGUUUAAUAAGGAAAGGCAAGAAAUGCAAAUGACCCUUGAAGUUGAAAGGUUAAGGGAUCUUGAAGGGAAAAGACAAAUGGACGAGCAAGCAGAGUUGGAGAAGAAUCAAUAAAAAGAUCAAUUAAAGAGAGAGACCUAUGCUGUCUUAGCAAAAUAACACAAUGAGAUGAAAGAGAAGUAUUACAAAGAAUAUACAAAAUUACAAUAGGAAGGAUAAUUGAUAAAAAGAUAAGCAGAGGAGGAAGAAUAAGAAAAAGAAAAGAAGAAGGAGGAGGAGAAGGUGAAGAAGUAAAAGCUAUUAUCAGAAAGAUAAAAAUUUAUGGAUGUCAAAUAAUCUAUACAGGAUGAGGAAUAGAAAUAAUUGGACAAGGAGGCAAAGGAUAGAGAUCAUUUUGAUAAUAAAAAGGAAAGAGUUUUAGAGAUGAGAAAACAAAGAGAAGCUUAAAAAUUGGAUCGUUAAAUGCAACUUAAAUAAAGGAUUUAUGAUAUGAGAGUAGUGCAAUUGAAAGAACAAGAAGAUAAUUAUAUGCAAAGAGUGUAGAAGCAUGCAGAAGAGUUACAAAGACAUGAGGAAGAAGUAGCUAGACAAAAGGAGUUGGAGAAGAUUCAAAUGAUAAAAGAAGGAGAAACUUUUAGAUAAAGAUAGUUGAAAUUGAGGGAAACUGUCAGAGAGAAGGAAGAGGUGGAUGUGAAAAAAGAGUAGGUGAUAAAAAUAAAUGCUUUGUAAUAAUUGGCUGAAAUUGAAGAAUAAUAAAAAGAAAUUUUGAGAAAACGCAAUAAAGAAUUAUUGGAUUAUUAAAAAAUAUAAAUAGAACAAAAAAAAUAAGUUAGGAGGGAAUAAUAUAUGAAUGAACUUAAAUAAUCUAAAUAAAUAGAAUUGAGGGCUUAAUAAGAUAGAGAUACGUUUAUGAAUUGGGCAAAAUAGCAGGUGGAAGAAACUAGAGAACAAGGUUUAAAUUUAUAUCCUUUAAUGAAGACAUUAAAAUUAUGA